AUUAAACAAAAGUAGAAAAAGUCAUAAAUUAAAUCCCAACGAGUGCUGCACAGGGAUAUAAUAACUGAGGGAUUAUCACUUAAUUUGACCACAAAAAACAAAAAUAAAUCGAUAGCCAUUAGACAUGUCAAACAACAAUAAUAACUCGAAUACUAGUUCUCAUUCAAGUACUUCGAGUUCAAAGACCAAUUCAAGCCGACGAGGAAUCACAUCGCAAACUAUAAUUCCCGAUGAAGUGGGUUCUCCCGAUUGUCCCGUAUGUCUCAAUCGGGUACAGAACAGGGCGUACACUAACCGGUGUUUGCAUGAGUUUUGUUAUUCCUGUAUUAAGGAGUGGAGUCAACAACACAACCGGUGUCCUGUCUGUCGGGGAGUCUAUAGUAAUAUAUUGCAUAACAUACGAUCUAAAGAAGACUACGAUAUAGAGGUAGUCGAGGAACCAAUUGAAGAUGGUGUUGGAGCACUGGUUACUCUGGGCAACUCAGGUAUAGCUAUGUUGGUGACACCCCCUGAAAAUGGUGUGUAUCUCAUAGAACCCCGAGAAACACCGUAUGGUAUUAGACAUAAUAUUAUGUUUUACGGCCCAAACCAGGUAUUCCUCUUACAUAACGUCAACCAAAAUAUGGUUCUGACAACUGCUGAAAGACUCGAACCAAUUCUUAGAGAACUGGGAGCAACACCUUAUCGACCACACAAUGGUAGACACUCACCAUUCCUUAGAAGACAUCGACAUCAACAGUGAUUAAACCAUUAAAUAUGAGAUUGAAAUAGAAAUUAUGUCAGAAUAAAGGUUUGCAUAUU